AUGAGGACUCCUGCUUCAGUUGAUGACGAAGGAUACGAGGUUAUCCAUCAAAACACUAUGCUCCGGGUUCUGGCUCCGGUAAGACAAUUAUUAGCUGAACUGAGACUAUGUAUGGGCAAGACAACAUCAGUUAAAGCCGAAAGAUGUAUUGAAUGA